AUGGAAAAUCACGGGGGACAAGGCGACGGCGGUGGAAAUCAUGGCGAGAUCGGCGGAGUUCAAAUCAACAGCGCUAUUCGCGAUCUCGGCGGUGGAAAUCAUGGCGAGAUCGGCGGAGUUCAAAUCAACAGCGCUAAUCGCGAUCUCGGUGAAAAUGAUGGCGAGAUCGGCGGAGUUCAAAUCAACAGCGCUAAUCGCGAUCUCGGCGGUGGUGAAAAUGAUGGCGAGAUCGGCGGAGUUCAAAUCAACAGCGCUAAUCGCGAUCUCGAUCUCGGCGGUGGUGAAAAUGAUGGCGAGAUCGGCGGAGUUCAAAUCAACAGCGCUAAUCGCGAUCUCGAUCUCUUACGGAAGGAUGCUGACGAAAUGUACUUCAAUCACUACUGUGAUGUGUGGGUUCACCGACUCAUGAUAUAG